AUGGAGGAAAGAAGUCGCUUUGGUUUUGUAAACAGUAACACAAGUGCUCCCAAAUAUGCUUAUGGUUUUUUCGCCGUAACUAAAGCUCAUUUCAUAGCAGCACUCGUAAAUAUAGAACGGCUCAAGAAAAAGCGAUUAUCUGAUUCUGGACAGUAUACACAUGUUGACUUUGUUAUUCUAACAAAUAUAAAAUUAUCACAAAGAAAAAUAGAUUUGCUUGAAGAUAUAAAACUUCGAACAUAUCCAAAGUUACCGUCGCCAAAAGGAUAUUAUUAUGAAAGUAUGGUUAAAUUAUUGUUUUAUAACAUGACUGAGUAUUACAGAAUUAUAUAUAUGGAUAUAGAUGCAUUAGUGCUUAAGCCGUUGGAUGAGUUGUUCAACUUACCAGCGUCUGUUUCGUUGGCAAGUCCAGUGGCUUACUGGGAAAAUGAGCUCUGCUUCACAUCAGCCUUGCUAGUAAUUAAACCAAACCAUAAAACGUGGUUGGAACUUCUCAGCAGAAUGGACGAGAUGUACGAUGGCUUCCGUAGCGGAAGAACCAAUGCAUGUAUGUUAUGUAUGUGGGAACGCGUAUCAACACAGGAGGAACUAUACCGCCUGUGA